AUGCAUGAGUUAAGAUAUGGGGGUAUAUUAUCAAAGGGUGUGUGUUCAUACUCCACCAAGUCAGACAAACAACGUCGUGGUAUUGAGAAUAAUAUCAUAUUCAGAUCUUUGAACUUUAUCAAGGAAGUAGAUGAUCAACAAAAGAUUCUUGCCAGUGCGUCGACAGAACUGAAGAUCGAGCAAUUGAUAAUGCGGAUAUCUACCAAUGAAGAACUUCUUUAUUUGCUUGCAUUAUUUCAUUAUGAAUGUGCAAAAUUGGGAUUUACUCAGAAUGAUAUCUCCAGUAGACAAAUGAGUUGGAAAUUUCGAUUAGCUUACCUUUUCAAGCUUAAACCUAUCAAUAAUUCCUUUUGGGACUUAUGUCAUCUUCUUGAGCUUCUGAAUCGGAAACAUUCAUUAAGUAUGAAGGUUAAUGAUUUGGGGUUAUUGGAUCCACAGCACUUUCCAAAGGAGGUUUAUCAAGAAUUGCAAACAGGAGAAUUUAAUGGCAUAGAUUUCAAAGAUGUUGAAACAGUAAGCUUCCAAAAACCACAAUUUACAAAAAAGGUAUAG